AUGCAAAAUAUAACAACACAAGUGUGUAAUGAACUGUACUACUGUAGGGUUGUAGAACUAAGUCCAGACGAGUGCGGUUUAAAACAAGAUCUAUAACUUUAAAAAAUGGGUGUCAUAAUAACCUCUUGACAACAAUUAUAUUAUAGAUCUAUACGCAGGUUUAAAAAAAAAUAGAAUCUAUUUUGUAACAACAACACGUUUUACAAAGUAAAGUCAAACAAAGCUAAGCAAGCGUGAGUUGAGCAGCUGUUUCUAAUUCUAAAUCUAAAUCUUCUGAAAUUUAAUUUGAGGGAGGCGUGAGUUCAGCUGAUGUUACAGAUGAAAAUAGUUAUCUUCUAACUUAAAUACUAUCAGUGCAGCACCAUGCCGAGAGCUUGCUCCCAGUGUGGGUGUACAGAGAUCGACACUGACCCAGCCAGGGGAGACGCAGUAUGUACAAACUGUGGCACCGUUCUAGAGGACCAGAUUAUUAUAUCAGAGGUCCAGUAUCAGGAAAAUGCUGCUGGAGGGGCCUCUGUCAUAGGGCAAUUUGUUUCCAAUGAUGGUACCAGAGCUCAAUCAUUUCGUGGUGCUUAUGGCCAUGGAUUCAGUUCAGAAGAUUCUAGAAAACUAACUUUGGAAAAUGGCUACAAGAGAUUGAAAGAAAUGGGAGGCCAACUGAGAAUGCAUCACAGCAGUAUUGAAACAGCUUUUGGUUUUUUCAAGUUGGCUGUGGCCCACCGCUUCACUAGUGGCAGGAAGAUGGAGUAUGUCCUGGCUUCCUGCUUGUACCUCGUCUGCCGUGUUGACCCUGGUGGCAGUGAGGAUCUGGAAUUGAUGCUUAUAGACUUCAGUGAUCUUAUACAAGUGAAUGUGCAUGUCCUGGGUCGAAUUUUUGUCCAACUUGCCACAGAACUGUGUCAGAAUAUUAGAAUUGUUGAUCCCAUCAUCUACAUCCGCCGGUUCGCCAAUCAGCUACAGUUUGGUGACAAAAUAAACAAAGUCGUUGAAUCUGCCUCACGUUUAGUAGCCAGGAUGAAGAGAGAUUGGAUGCACACGGGGCGACGACCAGCAGGCCUUUGUGGCGCAGCUCUCCUCAUUUCAUCAAGAAUGCACAACUUCAACAGGACCAUAGACCAGAUCAUUAAAGUGGUUAAAGUUUGUGAAAGCACUGUCAGGAAGAGGCUGCUUGAGUUUGAAAACACACCAUCUGCCCAGCUGACUAUUGAGGAAUUUGAUAAUGUAGAUUUAGAGGAGGAGCAGGAUCCACCUUGUUUUACUGAGGGAAAAAAGAAAGCAAAAAAAGCACAGGUGACAGAGGACAUAUCUGAAAACAUGAUCAAAGAGUUGAACAAGUUUGAAAAAAAUAUUAACAAAUCACUGAAGAGAAAGCAUAUUCCUUCCAUAGAGGCCAGACCAGAGGGUGAGCUAGACCUGGACAAGGCCGUCAAGCUGAUUGGUGAGGAAACAGUCAAGCAGGUAGCUGGGGAAGACUGGAAGGAUGGCACUUGGAAAGGUCUGGACCCAGUUGAUGAGGAGCUUCAGGUCACUGACAACAUUGAAAAUAACCAGGAAGCUGGUAAAAGUGUUGAGCAAGAAAAUGAGAGCAACAUCAUGCAGCCAGAAACAGAGGAAUGUGAAGGCAAGGCACAGAGUUCCAAAGUUGAGGAUGGUGAACUUGAUUUGACUGGUAUUGAUGAUGAUGAGAUUGAUCAGCUGAUCGUGUCAGAAGAAGAAGCCCAGCAUAAAGCUAAAUGGUUUGACCUAGAGUUUGGUGAACACAUGGAGAUAGUCAGAGACAGGGAAGAGAAGAGGAGAAUCAAAGAAGAGGCUGCUGCCAAGAAAAAGGAGAAGAAUCCCAGAACAAAGAAGAAGAAGAAAAAAGGAGGCUAUGACUUGGAAACAGAGCUGGCAGAGUGCAUGGAGAUCUUGAAGAAAGACAUGCGUGAGAAGAAGUUCUCAGACAAAAUCAACUACAAUGUUCUCAACACCUUGGACGCUUCUGCCUCCACUGAAUGUGUUUCCACUGAGCCAAUAGAGAUUCCCUCUGACACGCCAACCACUGAUAGAAAACCACACAUCACCAACAGGUUUAAUAAGUCAUCAUUAUCAGACCACAAAGAUAUUAAGAAACCACUAGGCAAGAGAGUGAGGAUAGAAGUCAACACACAGGAAAUUAAAAAGUCCAAACUUGAGCCAGUGGAGGAGAUCAAACCAGUUAUUCUAGUGGAGGAUAACCAUGAACCCCUGCCCUACACGGAUGAAGGUCCAGCAGAAGAAAUAGAGGAUGAUGAGGAAGAAGAAGAUGAAGAUGAUGACGAGGCGGGUCACAAAAUCCUCAGUGCCAGGCAGCUCUUAAGUCAAGAAGCAACUGGUUAUGAAGAAGAGGAAGACGAUUAUUUUUUCUAUGACGUCCACUAAACUGACCAUCACCUCAACUACUGUCAGCGUCAUCACUUCACAUAGCAUGUUAUCAUAUUGAUAACCUUCCCUACACAUCUAGACUGCAGGCUGAGAGCUACUGCAGAUUUUAUUGUUUUUAAUGUCACAAGAGGUACACUUUUCUUUCAUACACCACAGAUAUGCUGACUUGUUUUAGCUGCAGCAAAAAGGAAUGUACAAAUUAUUUAUAUACAUACAUUUUUUGUUACUGUUGAUGUCAGUAUAAUUUAUGCUUUUAUUGAUAGAGAGCCUAUCUUGUCUGUAGUGCAACAUUCACUGGCUAAGAAAUUGUAUAGAGCUAAGAAUGAAUUGUUUUGUAAAAAAAUUGACCACAUUUUUGGUCUCAUUUUAUUUUUCAUUUAAAAUGUAUCUAUUUAUAUACCUGAAUGUAAUGUAAAUGAAAGUAGAAAAUGUCUGAAGUUGUUGCCUGGUUGACAUUUCACUUAGUCAGCAUUGUCUCCUAGGCUGACUUGUGUAGUUAGUAACUAUCACACACCAACUAACUUAGUUGGUGUGUGAUUGCUGUGUACAGUGUGUGUAACAUGCCUUGUAAAUACAGUGAAGCAAGGACUGCUGUAUUUGGGUUGAUGUGUGUGUGUGCUAUUAUUUAAUUGACUGCAGAUGAUGCUUGUUUUAUGAUUGUUUGCUGCAAGUCUGACUAGGAAGGGUUAAAUAACCUGUUUUUUUUUAAUUGAAAGAAUUAUCCCAUUAUAAGUUCUUUCCCUUACCUGUUGUUUUCAUGCAAAUAACAAUUUGAACAUGUAUGAUAGGAUUAUCCUAUAUGGAUUUAUAGGUCACAAGUUCCAGGAUCUGGUACAUGUUGUGUACAGGUCAUGUUGUGUACAGGUCAUAUUGCAACAUCUGGCACUUUUUAUAUGUAGGUCAAACAGCUAGAUUGGUACGAGUUGUUUAUACAGUUGUAUAUACAUGUCAGUUAGCAAGAUCUCAUAUGAUUUGUCUAAGGUCAUUUGGCUAGUCUGUCUCUGUCAGCCAAUACAAGUGUGCUGCAUGCAUUUGUUUUGUCAUUGGUGUAGAGAAGAGAGCUCAAACAGAUGAAAUUUUCUGAUGUUUAGUAAAUAAAAAUGUAAUUCUGAACUACUUGUACAAUUCACACAUUAGUGUUGUAUGUAUUGUACAGCAGGCUAACCCCUACCACUUGUCUGAACUAUGAACCACAUUUCUAGAUCAGUUCAGGAAUUGUGAACAAAAUAGUGAAAACAAGGGAGAGAAGCAGAUGAUUUGUUAGAGUGGAGACCAGUGGGUUAGUGUUCCCUGUGUCUAUAUCCCCCCUUAGGUCCUCAACAAAAUGGCACCAGAAGAGUUUAUGUCAAAGCUUACAAUAGUUUAUACAUAGAAUUUAUACAAUGCUACAUUAUUUUUAGACAUUUUGGUAAACUGAUUAUAAAUCAAAUGUUU